CGUGCUCUUGGGCGGUUUCGCGAUGCGGGCGGAAGCAGCCUCACCAUAUUUGUAGUCAAAACUAGCGACGUGGGGAGGCGGGGCGGAGUUUCUCACCAGCACAGAGGCUCGUGAGGAUGAACGUCGGUGUCAGUUAACCAGAAGGAGGAAGAGGAGAAGAGGAGGAGGUGAAGAAGUGGAGGGAAAGGUGACAUAAAGGUAGUUUGGGGCUAACGCGGUUUAUGCUGGUUACCUGCUGUCUCUGUGACAUCACUGCAAAUACUGUCGUUAAUACCACCUGGUUUGCAGACCAAGGAGCUGAAUCACUGCUGACAAUCUGACUUAUCUUACUUCACAAACUGACAAUUUGACACAGAAGCUCACUCUUGUGAGUGGUUGAAGAAUUCAUUAAACUUUUUCACACAGAUCAGAGAACUUAUUUGCCAAAGACUUCAAUGGCGGCAUCAGAACUGAUACAGGAAGAUGAUGAUAACUGCAUAGAAGUGAUUUCAGCAGAUUCGCCUUCACCUCCUCAGUCUACUAAGGUGCCCAACCAUAACCCAACCCACCACAUCUCCCGGGCACCUCCUUCUGAGGACGUUCUCGAUGGUGAUGGUGAUGGCAAAUGCAAACGUGAGCGCAGAAAAAUUACUGAAGUGCUGAAAGAGAACCAGCUGAUAAACUCGCUGUGCAACAAGAUCCGGCAACGCUGCGACUACGACCAGAUAACCAAGGAGUCAGACAACCCUCUCCCUAAAGAGUGGUGGAAAACGGGUGUGUCCUUUAUUUACGCCUUCUUCGCCCUGGUGUUAAACGCUGUCAUAAUCGUUAUCAUCCACGAGCGGGUGCCAGACACGUCUGUGAGUCCGCCGCUUCCUGACAAGUUCUUCGACUACAUUGACAGAGUGCCCUGGGCCUUCAAAGCAACAGAGGCCUGUGGCUUGACUCUCUGUGGAUUGUGGUUGGUCCAGUGGCUGGCACUUAAACACAGAGCGAUCGUGGCUCGGCGGUGUUUCUUCAUGAUUGCGACGCUCUACCUGUAUCGCUGCAUCACCAUGUACAUCACCACCCUGCCGGUACCUGGAAAACACUUAGAGUGCGCGCCAAAGCUCUACAACGAUGUGACGGAAAAAAUGUGGCGGAUUCUCCGGAUGGUCUCAGGAGGAGGUUUGAACGUGACCGGCUCUCACAUCUUGUGUGGAGACUAUUUGUACAGCGGUCACACCAUCAUGCUGAGGCUGUCCUACCUCUUCAUCAAGGAGUACUGCCCCCCCAGGUUCUGGUGGUAUCGUUGGUUCUGCUUUUUCCUGAGCAUAUUUGGACUCAUCUGCAUCCUCCUUGGCCACGAACACUACAGCAUUGACGUGGUGGUUGCAUACUUUGUCGUCAACUGGACCUUCCGGUGGUACUACGCCAUGCUGGAAUCACAUGUACACAAUCAGGAACCCAACAAGUACCUGACUAGGACCUGGUGGAACCGGAUCUUCAAAUUCCUGGAAGGGAACGUCAAGGCCACUGUCCCCGUUGAGUUUGGGUGGCCGGUGCCCAUCCCUACUACCUCAUGCAGACGGAGAUACAGUAUAGUGGACAGGUAUGAUAGUUAAGUGAGGACUAAGAGGAGGGGAGAUAAGUGACCUGAUGACAGCAGCAUCUGUCCUCCCUGACUCCUAAAGAAGACAAAUGGACAGAGGUGGACAUGAGACUUUACUUUCAGGUUAUUUAUUUAUUGGAAUCAGCAUUUUUGUAUUGAGGAAGAGGACUCACAGGAGGAAGAGACAGUGCGUUUAUAUUAUUAACAUCAUCUGGUAUAGAGUCAUUAAAGUUGGUGCCGCUAGCUACAUGCUAGCUCUUUAUCAGAAACAACAUUUUUAAUGUCUUCAGCAUCCAUGAUGUAAACCUGCCAACAAGAAAAAACACUGUUCUUUUGUAAGCUAGUCUGAGAGUGGUGCCAAAGCUAAACCUCUAAGCUGUGUUGUAUUUUCAGUCUGCAUUGUUGCUAACUGUGCUAACUAUAUAUUUGGGGUAUACUUAAGGAAAAUGAAGCUGCACAUACAAAAGAGACUAAAUCUAAACUAGCUGUGUUGUUGUUUCUGGAUGUGCAACCUCCCACAAAAUAAAACCCUUAAGUAUUACAGUUCAUUCUGGCUGUGGUGGUUUACAGUGGUUUGACUUCAAAUUCUCAGUGCUAGCUCCAGGCAGGUCCUUAUCAGUGUGAAUUAAUGUGUUCUUGUAGCUUUAUGUUCUUGAUUGUUGUUGUUGUUUAAGUUAUGUUUUCAAGUCUGAAUGUUAAGUGUUAAGGCACUGAGUUAAUGGUGGGUUUUUUAAAAAACAAUGCCAUAUCAAUCAGUGAAAGAAAACCUUCCUGCAAACUUUGAUUCUACCUAAUGUACCUAGUAAAGCGUUAAUAAUGAAGGUCGUUGUGCCAUAAAGCUCCACAAUUUUAUAAAAAUGUUUCUUCACAUUUUGCUCAUGUUGACUUGAACACACUGCCACAAUCACGUUUGCUUUGAUAAUAAAAGAUUUAUUUUGAGCACA